GCAGCCUUGGCUCUUCGAAAGGUCCCUGAGUGCAACAGUUCUUGGAUGAAUGAUUUUAUUCGCCAAUACCACAAUGUGAACAUAAAUGUAGCUGUACAAACUGAGCAUGGAUUGUUUGUUCCAGUAGUUAGGGAUGCAGACAAGAAGGGACUUGGUACAAUCGGUGAGGAGGUGAAGCAGUUGGCUCAAAGAGCAAGGGAUAACAGCUUAAAACCACAAGAUUACGAGGGUGGCACGUUCACAGUAUCAAACUUGGGAGGUCCUUUUGGAAUUAAACAGUUCUGUGCUAUUAUAAAUCCUCCUCAGUCAGCAAUUUUGGCCAUUGGUUCUGCUGAGAAGAGGGUGAUACCAGGCAGCGCGGAUGGUCAGUACGAGUUUGGUUCCUACAUGUCAGUAACAAUGAGCUGCGAUCACAGGGUUAUUGAUGGUGCAAUUGGGGCGGAAUUCCUGAAAGCGUUCAAGGGCUACAUCGAGAACCCGACCACAAUGUUGCUGUAAAGUUAGGAGGAUGAAGCCUAUUCUUGUCGAGUUCUUGAAUAAUGCACAGAACGGUGCUGUCCCGUUUUACAUAACCUGGGCGCGGUCUCAUGGAACCCACAGUCAAGAGCACAGAGCCAGCAAGCGAACACACAGGAUGACCUGUUUUUUUGGAUUGAAACGUCUUCUGUUCGUUUUACCUUCUGUUUCUUCCCAUGAAUGACCUGAUCGAUGUAGGUUGGACUUGCAUGGCCUGUUGAGCUCAUUUUUUGCCAGAGAAACUCCUGAUUAUAGGAUUUGCAUUUUUCCUAAUAUACACGCAAACUUAACCAGGAGGCUCAGUAAA